CGACAUUUUGUACAACGCAGAGGAACAGGAAACGAUAACCAUGACCCUUGACUAAAGGACAAUGUGCUUCUGGAGAAGUUGAGGAUUUACUUCAAAGUUGUUCCACCAAAUUUCUCAGACAGAUGCCUGGACAAGUGCAGCUGUGCAGUGCAGCACAGCAGGACCUAUAAACACAGAGACACCUGUCAACUCGGGCUAGACUUGCCUCUUCUUCCAUUGUUACCUUGUCCAAAAAUGGCUACACAAAGGAAGUACCUAGUGAGAGAAUUCAAUGCCUUCAUCACAUGUUACGUCUGCAAGGGUUAUCUUAUCAAGCCAACUACAGUGACAGAGUGCCUACACACUUUUUGCAAAAGUUGUAUUGUCCAACAUUUUGAAGACACCAAUGACUGUCCAAAAUGUGGAAUUCAAGUUCAUGAAACCAACCCAUUGGAAAUGCUAAGGUUGGACAAUACAUUAGAAGAAAUUAUAUUUAAAUUGGUGCCUGAUCUUAAAGAAAUGGAAAAACAGCAAGAGGAAGAGUUCUGGAGGAAAAAUAAACCUCAAGAAAAUGGAGAUGAUAAUGGAGGCCCCAAAGCUAAGAGAACCAAAAUAGAAGAGGAAGAGGACCAAGAAGAUCAGGAUUACCACAGAAGUGAUCCACAAAUAGCUAUUUGUCUAGACUGCUUACGAAACAAUGGGCAAUCGGGGGAUAACACUGUAAAGGGCUUAAUGAAGAAGUUUAUCCGCUGUUCGUCUAGAGUAACAGUGGGAACCAUAAAGAAAUUUCUUAGUUUAAAACUAAAGCUUCCUAGCACUUGUGAGCUUGAUGUUCUAUGCAAUGGGGAAAUUAUGGGGAAGGACCAUACCAUGGAAUUCAUUUAUAUGACUCGGUGGAGACUCAGAGCUGAAAAUGUGAGUGUACAUUCUUAUCCAAUGGUACUGCAGUAUCGACCAAGAAUUGACUUUGGUUAGGCCAGAGCAGCUGUUAUCCACUAUGGUGGAAACUGCACUAAAGUUUACCCAUCGACAGUUUGCACAAUGAAUGGAUAUAUUGGACAAGGGACAGGGACAGAUUUUUUCCAGAAGAAAAAAACUAUUUGUAUCUGUCUACCAUUUUUCAGAUGUGUUUAUUUUUCCUAAGAACAAGCCUGAUGCCAGUCUGCUGCUGGAGCCGUGAGACAUCUGUGUACAUCAAUGUGAUUUGUGUGUUGAAUACUGUACUACAAAUAAUCACCUGUUUACUGUAGUCUGAGUUUAUAUUUGAUGUUCACUGCCCAUAUGUCAAUGACCCGGGGUCCUGAAGUUAUUUAACUACUUAAGCAUGUUCUACUAGCACAUGCAUUCACUUUGUUUAUGCUAAAUUAGUUGACCACAAAGACAAUUAUUUUAAAUUAGAACUCAAAUAUUUUAUAUACAGUACCACUAAUUCAGUCACAAAUAAUGCAAAUUUCAAAUUGAAACUUAGCCACAGAUAAAAUAUUGUUCUAUUUGUUUCUCUAGCAGUUAAUUAUUUAGUUUUACUAACUAAGAAAACACACAAGUGUUAAGACACCUCAUACUGACAGAUGAUUUAUUCAUAAAAUGAAGAGACAUAAGCCUUUGAGACAGAUAACCCCAUUAAUUAGAGCAUAGUUUCAAGUUAGGUUUAAUAAAAAUCAAUUAAAAUAGUGGAAGAAUUAGAAUUUUUCAAUUUGGCCAUUCAGAUUUUAAAUGUUGUGUGUUAGUGCUCAAUGUUUUUAAUUGUCUAUGAAAUCUAGAUUGUUUGCCCAUCUUUAAAACUGAGAGAUUCGGGAAUGUAAGCUGCUACUUAUAAACUAUUGUUUUAAACAAGUUGAUAAUAUUGGACAUUGGGUAAUGAAAUGCGAGUGACUAAUCCAGCCUCCUUCAUUAUUUUUGGAAUAAAAUACAAGGAACAAUGGUAAAUCCAGCUUUCAUGGAGGUAGAAUAUCUUGCCCUAUAGACCUGUAUAUAAAAUUUUAAAAAGACUUUGGAAAUGUAUCAUUAAUCAAUACUGAAUAGGAAUAUGUAUUGUCAGCAAACAAUUCACACACAGAUUGAUUUAGAGGAACGUAAAAUGCCUUGCCCUGAAGUUUGAGGCGAGACAAAAAUGGUCCAGUAUGGUCCAAAAUGGUCCAGUAAGCUUCAGGUAUGAACUCAGUGACUUCAGUUUCACUGUUAAUAUGAACUGUAAAUCAGUGACAUAAUGUAGACAUUUAUAUUUCUAGACUAACUAAUAAAACAGUGAUUUUUGUAGGUGAGCUUGCUAAGAUACAUUUCCACUGGUGUUUUAUCUCUUGGACACUACUUAUCAGUGGUGACUACUCCAUCAAAAUGGUUGUAUUGGUUGAAGUAUCUGCCUGGCUUUAUGGGCAGCCUUGAAAGUAUAUUGUUUACACCAGUGCAUGUUCUUAUUUAUUAUUGCCGUUGUAAAAUCAAUUGGACCAGUAAUUCAAAGAGAUUUAAGUUCAGAAUAUCAACUUUUGCAUUAUAUCAUCGAUCUUACUAGUAACAAUAAAGUCCUUUUACUACUAAAUUGUCAUGGUUUAACAAAUAGGGAUUAGUUGGCAAUUUAUUUUAGUAUAAUAUAUAUAAGUGGACCUAAGGAAGCAUCAUGUAAUGUAAUAAAUGUUGCAUCUGUCUAUUCUGUUGUUGACAUGUUGCGAUCUAUACAAUCUUAUCAAUUGCAGUAAUUAACAAUCUUAGUAAUGUUAACUCCUAAGGUUUUGUUGUAACUUGUUAACAACAUUGUAAUAUCAAUUAAGUGGUCAUUAGUGAUGUUACAAGCUUUAUCUCACCUUGGAAUAGCAUUUCUUCAACUUUGCAGUUAUCUUUCCACAGAACUUCAAUGCACUGUGAAAUGCUGUGCUGAAAAUCUCCAUUUAAAAUAUUAUUGUGGUUGUAAAAUUCUCAAUGAAUUGUUAAAAUUAAAAGACGUGAUCAGGCGCUAGAAGGCGCUAUAUCAAAUGCAAGGAUUAUUAAAUUGAGUAAUCAACUUUGAGGCCAUUUUAGUAAUCAAUUCCUGCUACUAAAAGUGUAAAUAUUUUUGUAAACAAAAGCAAUUGUGAAUGUUUGCAAUACUGAUGUUAAUAGUAUUUUAUGUUUUGCAAAAAAAAACUGUUCAGAGAAACAGUUCUAUUUUUAAUAUGUAUUUGCUGCAGAAUUGCAUUCCUCUUUAACCAUAUUCAGGUUUUAGUGAAUGUUCUGUAAAUAUGCAGUCACACUGGGCUGAAAAAUGAAUACUGUGUCUGAAAAUUGUAUCAAUUGAAGCACAAUUCACCCACUGUCUUGUAGUGAUUUGCUAAUUAAAAAAGCAAUAAAAUGUACUAGUUAUGAAAAUGCUGUUGUAAAGGCUAAAGUCACAGUCCUGUCAGUGAACCGUUGUGAAUCUGGACUGACUAUCUUGUCCAUUGUCAUUAAAUCCAGUGAGUUAAAAACA